UAAGUAUGUAUGUAUGUAUGUGGUGAUGAUGAUGAUGAAUUUAACGAAUGCUUUGAAUAACAAACGUAAAUAUUCGAAAUACAUGUUUCGCUCAAAAGCUACUUUUGGUAUUAACGAUACUGGCUCACUAAUCAACCGAGAAUUAGUUGUUAUUUUGAAACCGUAAGCUAAACAUCGUACGAAUACUUAGAGUUCGGUAGAUUUCACAUAAUAAUACAUAAAAUUAAUAAAAAAAUCAGAGUGUUUAUUAAGCGCAAAAUUUAAAAAAUAUAUAUACAUAUUUGUGUAUAAAAAUCACAUUUUAAACAAAUAUUCUAGUUAGUUGGAAAAUCUUAUCAAGUGUACAAAUUCUAUUAAAAAACACGCGAAAAUAAUACAAAAAUUUAAAUGUUAGUAUAAGCAAAAAAAAAAAAAAAAAAAUAUACUUAUUAAUUAAUACUUAUAAUAUUUAUAAAUUAUAAUCUGUCAUUCGUGCCAGAACAAUGGCUAAAUAACCCCACUAUCGGUUUAACUUUAAAACAGUAGCAAAUCAAAUCUAAAUCAAGACAAUCAAAAAAUUUAAUCGUGAAUAAAAAUAAAAAAAUAAUAAUAAACCCACAGAUACGUAUAUAAAAUCUAGAAGCGUGUAGAUACUUGUAAUCGCACCUACGAAUACAUACAUACAUAUUUCAAUUAUUAAAACGAGAAAUAAAACAACAAUAAUAACUACAAUAAAUACGACUAAUAAUAAAAGAACAAGUGUUGGUAUUUAUACUCGUAUAAACAUAUGGACGUUUGGAUGUACGAAUGAAUAGAAAAUGUAGUAUUAAUGUACAGAUAGAUUAAUGUAUCGAUGAAUUACGUUUAUUUAAUAGAACAGACGCGUCUUUAAAACAAACAAAAACAAUAUACUUUUAUUAAUAAUAAUUAUUUGUUUGAUAAAUACCACAAAAUUUAUGAUUUGAUUCUGCUCAGGUUGGUUGGUAGCUACGGAUAGAGCUUUUAGCUGGGCAGACUGGCUAAGUGAGUCGCUGAUCGGUGCCCAUCGCAAAUUGUGAAAUAUCAAAAUAAUCCAUAAAAUAUUUGAAUUAUAUUCAUCAUUUAUUCAAGUCUUAAUGAGUGUGUGUGUGUGUGCGUGUAUGUUACGAAUCCAUCGUAUGCUAUUGAAAAGUUUUGUUCUCAUAAUAAAUACAUUUUAAGUUAAAACCAAAACAAAUUUUUUGCGGUAUUUUGUAAAAAUAUAAAAUAAAAUAAAAUUUUGAUUAUUAAUAACAACUCACAAUUAUUUGGAAUUAAAUGAAAUAUGGAGCCAAAUGAUGCUAUUGAAAAUAUUCUUCAAUAUGAACAACACAAUCAUGAAUUCAGUGUUAUGCUAGAUGACGUUUUAAGUACCAUAACAGACAGAAUGUAUAACCCACCGUCUGUAUCAUCCACCUCAUCAGCAUCCUCGUCACCUACUUUCACAAAUUUAUCAUCACAACCCAAUAUUCCAAAUUUGGAAGGAGUUCGUCUUAAAAUCGUAGAACAACCAGCACCAAAGGGACUGCGUUUUCGAUACAUAUGCGAAGGUCGCUCGGCUGGAUCUAUACCAGGUGUUCACUCAACGCCAGAGAACAAAACAUUUCCCACCAUCGAAGUGGAAGGCUAUGAGGGAAAAGUUAAAAUUGUUGUUUCGUGUGUUACCAAAGAUGAACCUUAUCGACCACAUCCACACAAUUUAGUUGGUAAGGAGGGCUGUGAAUAUGGUGUUUGCCUGGCAACCAUCAAUGGCCCACCAAUGAGAGCUGUUUUCAGCAAUUUGGGAAUACAGUGUGUUAAAAAGAAAGACAUUAAAGCCGCUCUCGAAGAGCGAGAGAGGAAACGUAUUGACCCGUUUAAAACAAGUUUUGCCCACAAAGAUCAACCAUCAUCCAUAGAUCUCAAUGUUGUACGUUUGUGCUUUCAAGCCUUUAUACCAUUACCAGGUGUCAAGAAACCUUAUCCAAUACCACCAGUGGUCUCAGAUCCGAUACAUGAUAAGAAAUCGAUAAAUGAUUUAGUUAUCUGCCGUUUGUGUAGCUGCGCCGCCAAAGUAACAGGAGGUGAUACAAUUAUUAUGUUAUGUGAAAAAGUGCCCAAAGAUGAUAUUAAAAUUCGAUUUUUCGAAUUGAGAAAUAAUGAGGUAUAUUGGGAAGACGUUGCACAAUUUCAGCCGACCGAUGUCCACAAACAAGCUGCUAUUACCUUCAAAACUCCCCGCUACAUCAAUCCUGACGUAAAGCACAGCGUUCAGGUAUACAUACAAUUAUUCCGACCAUCGGAUGGAGAAACAAGUGAAGCGUUGCCGUUCGAAUUUCAUCCCGAUCUAGGUAUGCGAACAUUUCCGCGUAUACAACGCAAGUUAAAACACAGACAAGACAUGGAAAUAUUCCAGCAAAUACUUUCGUUGGACAGUGAAACAACUGCGACCAAAUAUUCAGUACCCUCUUUGGUGGAUGCUGAUAAUGAUAACGACGAUACUGUUACCAGUGACAGCUCAGCCAGUAAGCCUCUAAGUUCCGACACAUUAAACGAGCACGACGAGGCGCGAAAACUUCAAAAAGAAAGUUUCGACGAUGACAACGACGGUGAUGCUGACGUUGAUGAUGACGAAGACAAUGACAAUGACGACACUGACAAUUAUAAUUACAUUGAACGUACAAACGGCGAUAUGGAAAUUGAGGUGCCCGUACCUCUAAUCACUUUUCCUACUAUGGAUGAUGCCACACAGACUUCGACACCAGUUGAAGAGAUUUUAGGGAAAAGAGAAAUAGAUUCGGUCGAAUUAACGACUGUAGAUAAAAUCACCGAGUGGAUGCAAUCUAAUGAGUUCGAACGUACCGACAGUCUUAUAGUUGAAAAUGGUGAUAUUUUAUCAUUAAGUGGCACUACGAAUGCCAUUAAAGAAGCUAUGAUUACAAGUCAAGAUACACUUUCCUUAACAGAUGACAAUCGCAUGAAUACCGAACUAAUCGAACAGGACAUAGAACUAGACGACAGAUAUUGUUUGGAAUUACUGGCCAAACGUAAUAUGGGUGAUCAGUUACAGGGAGACUAUAGUAGGGAUUUAGCCGAUGAUGUAGAGAAUUUAAAUUGUUCUGCUAGUGCACAAGUGUCUGUAGAUAUUGAUGAAAACUUUGACGAAACCGCUACUUAUACUAGUCUUCAGAUCGCAUUGAAGAAUCCAAUUGAGAUUCCUAUUGAUAAUUCCCUAUUAAAAACUCAAGUCAAAACUAGUACUAAUAAGAAUCUUGAAAAUGAUUUAGUAGUUUUAAAAAAUCCUCCGGCACCAAGAAUAAAACUAAGCGCUGCUCAAACGCCUCAAACUCCGCCAUCUCCCCCCAUACCGUUGCCACCUAGAACACCUUCUCCUAUUGGAGAACAAUUUCUACCACCAUUGCCCCCUAAGCGAAAACCUUCUCAAGAACUGUGGGCAGGUGCUAACACAGAUACCUCACCUUGCAAUACUGCUAAUAGUAGUCGCAAUAGUAGUAUUUCUUCACGCCCUCCCUCACAAAUUAUUAUUAUGCGUACACCCGAUCAAAGUCCUACUAAACGAUCGGCGACCUCAACGCCUUCGCCCAAGAAAAAACAAAGUUUCUUCUCACGCUUGUUUUCGCGCAAGAAAAGCAAACCCGAUACUACAAUUUCAGGUGAUGAAUCCAAUUCGAAAGCAACUACUCCAAAUCAAAGUCGUGAACCCAGUAUUGGCAACUUUUCAAUGAAUGACAACAAUCGUGCAUCGAUACGUUCGGUAAAAUCUUUACAACCAAACUCCCUGGGACUUGAGCCUAAAUGCAAUGAAAAAACGGGAAAGGCUGUAGGUCGUAGUGCUAGUAGUGUAUCGGGCAAACGCCCUAUCCAACGUAAUGCUGAUGUUAUUCAUAUACCUCUCAAGGGUGAUAGCUCGGAAACAUUAGGCAGGCAAGAAAGAUCUUACUCCAGUUCAUGCACUUUAAGAUACGAUGGCGGUCUUUUAGAUCGCAAAACCUUAAGUGCAUUACAAUUGGCUGAUAUUCCGAUAUCAGAUGGCAAUAUGGAACUUAUAGCCAUUGCUGAUCGUCAAAGUAUUAAGAAUUUAUGCGAAGGAGCCUAUGGUGUAGUACUCGACCCCGGUGUAGAUCUUUCAGAGGCCGAACAUUUUGCUCUCUAUACAAGUUUGCCAUCAGAAUGUGAUGUAGGCAAUGAUGAGAAUGUCUUCGCUAAUCAACCAGUUUUAACACCCGAAGAAGUGGCAAUGCGUUUGGCAGCAGCAAACGGUCUGCAUUGAAAACAUAAUUCAAUGAUUUGUAUACUUCUUUAUGACACCAUAAAAAAAAGAUAAUUUUGUCCAGGGCGACUAAAUUUAUUUGUUCCUGUUAAAAAUAUACAAAAAUUUGUUUAACUUCUUACAAAGUCCUUGAAUUUCUGUGAUCAAUUUUAUCAAGUAUUAAGGUCAUAUUUAUUUCUCCCAUUUACUGCACUUUCUGAUAUUGUUUCAGUAGAUCAACAAAAAAGUUUAAGAAAUUGAUUUUGUAUCUCGCUGUAGUCACAUUUGAAAAACCAAUAGAAAAUAAUUUGCGACAAGCUGUAUGCUCAGCAAUCGAGAAAAAAACUAGUCAAGUGAACAAAUUAGUUUUAAAUAUUUUAAUUUUUCAAUUUAAUUUUAUUUUAAUAUUCACAUU